UUUAUCAUUUUGCAAUGCUACAAAAGUUUACAAGUUACAAGAGAUUUAGGUGAAUGUUCAUUUUUGAUCAUUUAGGAACAUUCUCCAUGAUGUAUCGCUAUGUUUGAAUUUACUUUUCAGCACACUCUAUAGCAAAGGAUUGGAAUAAUUUCUGAGGCAGUUUUACACCCUCUAUAAGUCAAUGUUAGCAGUAGAUGCUGGUUACGGUUGUUUCUCUCAUUCCUGUUGGUGACGAGUGUGUAUGAUGUGUAACUGAACCAAACACAUUUCUGUUAAAUACUGAAAUGAUCUUAAUGUGGAAAUAAUAAAAGGAAAAAGGACUCCUCAGUCUCAUCUGUCUAUUCCUUUAGACUGUGAAUGCAUGAAGUGAAAUACAAAAUGGUGGAAGAAGAAUGAAGAAUGUCUACUUCAGCAUUUUUGCAGAAAUUAAGUGAGUCACUCAUGGUUCCUCCAUUGUCUCAACACACUCUGCUGCAGAUAGGGAAGAAUAGUGAAGGGUUCAGUUCAGCUGACACUCUCGUGCAGUUAGACAGGGGGGAAGUGCAGGGAGUUAGACAAGUUUAGUGUGUGGAAAGUUUUAGUGACUGUUCACAUCCAUAUAGCUAUCAGCUGAAGUAUGAUUCUGUGGUAAAAGACAGGAGUUUUUGUGGAAGAGUCAUUUCAGCUUUGGGGUUUGUGCUGGUGGAACACAGAGAUUGUGUUCUGAUGUUUAAGUGGAGCCUACGACUGAUUCAACCUCCAUACAAAACCCGGCUCAGGCCAUGAAUAGCUUUUCCUCUACAAUAGUUCUGAUGACCAUACUGAUGUUUAGCUCUGUGAAAGAGAGCAGAAGCGCACCAGACCCUCGGCAGAGAGACAUGAUGCUGCAGCAGGAAGCCUCCCAGCAGGUGGGGGGAAGAGUGGAGCUCACAGCAGCCGAACAGCAGAUGGAUUCCCACUUGCAUAAACUAAAAGAGCGGGAGAUGAUGGCUUCAGAUUUUCCUCCUGCUAUGCACUUCUUCAGAGCAAAGCCCCGCAUAGAAAAGAGUGCAGUUUUUAAACUGCUGCGAAAAAUGCCAAAAGGGGCGGUCCUGCAUGUGCACAGCUCUGCUCUGGUUAGUGUGGAUUGGCUUGUGAUGAAUGUAACAUACAGGCCUCAUUGCUACAUUUGCUUCACAUGGACGGGGUCAGUGCGGUUCCUGUUCUCUGCCCAGCGACCAUUCCCAAUCUGGGGCUGCUCUUCAUGGAGUCUGCUUGAGCAGCUCAGAGCCACCACCAGUGACGUCCUAACCUUUGACAAGAGUUUGAUGCGGAACCUCACUCUGUUCACUGAGGAGCCAGAUGAGGCCUAUCCUAACCCAGAUGUUGUGUGGGAGAGGUUUGAGCAGAUAUUCAUUGCAAUCUCAGGGCUUAUCACUUAUGCACCUGUUUUCGGGGAUUACCUCUACCAGGGUCUUCAGCAGCUCUAUGAUGACAAUAUCUUAUAUGUGGAGCUGAGAGCUGGCCUGUCCAGGACAUAUGAGCUUAAUGGCAACAUCCAUGACAGAGAAUGGUCCCUCCAGACAUACAAAAACAUCACAGAACAGUUCAGGCUGGCUCAUCCAGACUUUAUGGGGCUUCGGAUAAUCAUAACAGUCCACAGAGUGCUCAGUUUGUCUGUGGUAAAGCAAGCAGUAAAAAAUGCCAUACAGAUGGAAAAACAAUAUCCAGAGAUUAUUGUUGGCUUUGAUCUGGUGGGACGAGAAGAUGAUGGAAAACCUCUCUGGUAUUUUCGAGAAGCGCUGUCAGUGCCUGGAGAGCUUAAAACCAAUUUGUCCUAUUUUUUUCAUGCUGGUGAAACAGACUCAGAUGGCACAGAUGUGGACAGAAAUGUUCUGGAUGCUUUGUUAUUUAACACCACUCGCAUUGGACAUGGUUUUGCCCUGGCCCAUCAUCCCCUAGCAAAGGAACUCUCCAGAACGAGGGGCGUGCCAGUGGAAGUGUGUCCUAUAUCCAACCAGGUGCUGAAGCUUGUCUCAGAUUUGCGGAAUCACCCAGCUGCAGUGUUAAUGUCAGAGGGGCAUCCCAUGGUGGUGAGUUCUGAUGAUCCAACCUUGUUUGGGACUACUGGACUCUCCUAUGAUUUUUAUGAAGCCUUUGUUGGAAUUGGAGGUCUGAAAGCUAAUUUGGGGACGCUUAAGGAGCUUGCAAUGAAUUCAAUCAGGUAUAGUUCGAUGCCUCCGGUGCUGAAGAACAGAGCAAUGGCCAUUUGGCAACAAAAGUGGCAGAAAUUCAUAAUGGAGAAUUUACCACAGUGACAAAUGAAGAGAUGACAUAAAUUAACUUUUACUAUACUUUAUAACUUUCUUUACACUUGAAGACUUCUAUUUCUGUUUUAUCUAAAACAAAAUAAAUCUGCAGGUAGUUUGUGGCCAUUUGACCAUGGCUGUGUAUUGGCAAGAGGAUUCACGUCAUCAGUUGGAGCCUGAGGUACACCUAAUUAUUAAACUAUAUAAUGUUGUUUUCGAUUGUUAAAUUGAGCACAAGGCUAAUUUUGGGUUCUUUUUCACGAGCGUGCUUGCUGUAGUUACACGCGGCCACCUGUAGAUGGCGGAUUUUAACAUUUAAAAGCCUCGUUAAAACAACAACAAUGUAAACACUCUGAAUAAAAAGAAAAAACACAGAAAGUCCUCCAAGUUUCAUUUAGACUUCAAUAUAAUAUAGAUAAAAUAAGAUAAUAAAACAUAACAUAACAUAAAAAAGAAUUUAUUAAUCCCCCUGGGGAAAUUAGACAGUUCCAGGAACUUAUAUACAGAGACACACAAAGAACACACAUCACAAAAACAUACUAAUAAGCAAAAAACAAAGAAAACUAUUCAGUGGUGCAAUUUUCCUCCAGUGUUUUGGAUUAAUAAAUAUGUUGGAUUUAGGUAGGGUGCACAGCCCUGUUCUGUCUUUUGCCAUUGUUUUUUUUUAUUAUCUGGCAACCCCUUGUAACUCUUUGAUGUUUAAACUCUUAAUUUAACAUGUCAGAUUUGUUGCUUGGAAAGGACUCGGACAUAGUGCUUCUUUUUCAACGCUCCAGUCACAGACA